UCACCCCAUUUUGCUCCUGCGUGUGGACAGUGGAGUGGAUUCAGAUUCAGUGGAAGGAGCAUAGUUGGAGUAGGCUUCGACAUUGUGUGGUGUGUUCUGGUGAAUUGUGUUUGGCAUACGUACUUAGGUAGGUUAUGUUUACGUGAAAGUGGAUAUUGAUUUAAUUCGCAUUCCAAUAUUAUUUUAUUGUCAAAAUAGUGCUGUUUCUGAAAACGGUUCCUGAAGAUGUCGGAUGCAGAGGACUUUGAUAGCGAGGCAGGGAGUGAAGCAGGUUCUGGGAGCUAUCAAGGCAGUGAGCCAGGCAGUCCAAGAGGUAGUGAACCUGGGAGUCCGCCAGCCAGUAAUCGUGGUAGUGAUGUAGGAAGUGCUCGAGGCAGUGAUUCUGAACCAGAGGAUGUAGAGGUCCGUAGUCGCAGUGUGAGUCGAAGCAGAAGUAGAAGUCGCAGCCGCAGUGGAAGUCGAAGCAGAAGUGCAAGCCGUUCCCGCAGUAGAUCUCGUAGUCGAAGUAGAAGCCCCAGUGGAUCUGAAGCUGAAGAAGUCAACAGGAACAAAUCAGGAAGUGAAGUUGAGGAUGAAGAAGAACCAGAGGGCGAAGACCUCAAUUCUGAAGAUGAGUACGACGAGGAAGAAGAUGAGGAUGAUGACAGACCGCGCAAGAAGAAGAAGAAGAAUGACAGAUUUGGGGGGUUCAUCAUUGAUGAAGCAGAAGUGGACGAUGAGGUAGAGGAAGAUGAUGACUGGGAGGAUGGAGCACAAGAAAUUGGCAUUGUCGCAAAUGAGAUGGAGGAGCUCGGGCCGACCGCUCGUGAGAUAGAAGGUCGGAGGAGAGGCAAUACCUUAUGGGAUUCUCAAAAGGAAGAUGAGAUAGAGGAAUAUUUGCGAAAGAAGUAUGCAGAUGAGUCUGGUGCUGCUCGUCACUUUGGAGAUGGGGGUGAAGACAUGUCUGAUGAAAUUACUCAGCAGACCCUUCUUCCAGGAGUCAAGGACCCAAAUCUAUGGAUGGUUCGUUGUCGUAUUGGAGAGGAGAAAAACACUGCUCUCUUGCUGAUGCGUAAGUUUAUUACCUAUCAAAACUCUGAGGAUCCUCUACAGAUCAAGAGUGUGGUGGCUCCAGAAGGUGUCAAAGGCUACAUAUAUAUAGAAGCAUACAAGCAACCACAUGUCAAACAGGCCAUAGACAAUGUCGGUAAUCUGCGGAUGGGCAUCUGGAAACAACAGAUGGUGCCUAUUAAGGAGAUGAUAGAUGUUUUAAGAGUGGUGAAGGUGCAGACCGGUUUAAGGCCCAAACAGUGGGUCAGGCUUAAAAGAGGAUUGUACAAAGAUGACAUUGCUCAAGUGGACUAUGUGGACUUGGCCCAGAACCAGGUUCAUCUGAAACUGCUGCCCCGUGUGGAUUACACACGGCCCAGAGGAGCUCUCCGUAAUAACCAGACUGAAAAUGAGGCAAACAAGCGGAAGAAGAAGAGGCGACCUCCGGCAAAACCAUUUGACCCUGAGGCUAUUCGAGCUAUUGGAGGUGAAGUGACGAGUGAUGGAGACUUUUUGAUCUUUGAGGGUAAUCGAUACAGCCGAAAGGGCUUCCUAUACAAGAACUUCACAAUGAGUGCCAUCAUAGCAGAUGGAGUUAAACCUACACUUUCUGAAUUGGAAAAGUUUGAGGAGGCUCCUGAGGGUAUCGACAUCGAGCUGCCGACAGGAGGCAAAGACGAUGGUCCAGGCCAUUCCUUUAGUGCUGGAGACAACGUGGAAGUGUGUCAGGGAGAGUUGAUGAACCUGCAGGGUAAGAUUCUCGCUAUCGACGGACAACUGAUCACCAUCCUCCCAAAGCACGAGGACCUCCAUGAGCCUCUAGAGUUCCAGGCAACAGAGUUACGUAAGUUGUUCCGAACAGGAGACCACGUCAAGGUGUUGGCCGGCCGCUAUGAAGGUGAGACCGGACUGAUAGUGCGUGUUGAGGACAACCGUGUAGUGCUGUUCUCUGAUCUCACUAUGCAUGAGCUAGAGGUCCUGCCACGUGACUUGCAGCUGUGCUCAGACAUGGCCACCGGUGUGGAUAGCCUCGGCCAGUUCCAGUGGGGUGACCUUGUACAGCUCGAUCCACAAAACGUGGGAGUCAUCGUGAGACUGGAGAGAGAGAACUUCCACGUGCUCAGUAUGCAAGGCAAGGUGGUGGAGGCUAAACCGCAGGCUCUGCAUAAGAAGAAGGAAGUCAGGAACACUCUAUCUUUGGACUCUGAACAGAAUACCAUUCAGAAACGAGAUAUUGUCAAUGUCAUUGAUGGACCACAUUCCGGCAGAGAUGGAGAGAUAAAGCAUCUGUACCGCAACUUUGCUUUCUUAUAUUCCCGCAUGUAUUUGGAUAAUGGAGGCAUAUUCGUGUGCAAGACUCGCCAUCUUCAUCUCGCUGGUGGUUCUAAAAAUCAGAACAAUGCUGGCUUGAUGCCAGGGUUCAUGUCUCCACGCAUCUCAUCUCCAAUGCACCCCAGUGGUGGAGGUGGAGGUGGAGGAGGUGCAGGUGCAGGUGCAGGUAGAGGUCGUGGCAGGGGAGGAGGAAAUGUGCGACGAGACAGAGAUCUCAUCGGCCAGAUCAUCAAGAUCACUCGCGGACCUUAUAAAGGUAAUGUGGGAAUGGUAAAGGAUGCUACAGAGUCCACAGCAAGAGUCGAGCUGCACUCCUCGUGUCAGACAAUAUCUGUCGACAGAUCUCACAUUGCAACUGUCGGAAUGCCAAACAAGGACGGAUCCAUUUCCAGUUACAACCGCACACCAGGCUAUGGAGGUGCUGCCACUCCUAUGUAUGGCAGGGAUGGCAGCAAGACACCUAUGCAUGGAUCACAGACACCUCUAUACGAAGCUGGUUCGCGCACACCACACUAUGGUAGCAUGACACCUAGCCAUGACGGUUCACGUACACCUGGAGCUUGGGAUCCGUCAAUCACCAACACUCCUGCCCGAUCCGAUGCUGACAAUUACUCACUGGAUGAGUUUGGAGCGCACCCCUCCAAUGGGCCCUACACUCCUCAGACUCCUGGUGGCAUGUACGGCUCAGAUCAGAGCUACUCUCCCUACCAAGGAUCCCCUUCACCAACUGGAUACCACAGUGGCAGUUCUGCGUAUGUGCCUACUCCGAGCCCGAGCAGUGCCGUGAACGUUGGAGCCUACGGCACCCCCUCGCCUAUGAGCUAUAGUCCCCUGACUCCCGGAGGAGCCCCCUCUCCCUACAACUCGCACUCCACAGGCAUGGACCCAAUGAUGCAAGAUUGGCAUACAACGGACAUUGAGGUUCGAGUAAGGGAGAGUCAUGAUGAUAAUGAUCUUGUUGGCCAAGUCGGCACCAUCCGCAGCAUAUCUGGUGGCAUGUGUUCGGUGUUCCUACCAGAUGAGGACCGUACUGUCAGUAUCAGUUGUGAACAGCUAGAGCCAGUAAUACCGGCAUGGCCAAACCCUGUGAAAGUGAUCUUAGGGGAGGACAAGGAGCGAACUGGUGACUUGCUGUCCAUAGACAACCAGGAGGGGGUGGUCAAGCUGGACGGAGACGAUGUCAAGAUGCUCCAACUGCGUUACUUGUGUAAAUACAACAGACCCGGUCAAGACUAGACUGGUUUGCUUAUUUUUAUGUAUUUGGUGUUAUACAUAGAUUUAUAUUUUAUUAGAGAAACUUUCCGUUAUUUAUGUUGUAUAUGUUUUCAACUAUUUACAUAGAAGAAUAAAAUGAUUGGUUAAGCUA